ACUCCAUCCAUUUUUCUCUUUUCAAUUCAAAAAAGGAAAAAAAUACAGCUUGAGUGAGUUGGAGUGUAAGACUGAACUCAGGAAACCCUAACUGCAACAAAACUAACCACACCAAAAUUUUACGUCCACUACAAGAAAACCCAUUUCCAAAUCCAUCGAAGACUAGAUUCCCAUUUUACCCUCCGACUCUCACCACCAAUGCUCCUUAGUGCACUAAUCGCCGGCUGAUAUUCCGACUCCACCUUCCACUCCGGCCAUGUCGCUUGACGGCCGCCCCGGCGACCGCCGUGAAGGGCCCUCGCCGGUGACCGGGAACGGUGUCGUAUUGGAGGACUCGAACAGGCCGGCGCUCGCACCCAUGUCGAGCCAGAGGCUGAGAUUGAUCCCAAACAAGGAUCACAAUCCGGAUAACUACGAUGACAUGGAAUUGGAUUUCAGUCCCUCGAUUUUCACCUCGCUCGAGCGGUUCCUGCCUCCAAGCAUGCUCGGGAUGCCUCGACAUGAUAAGGUUAAGUUCAUGACGGAGAUUCUGCUCAAGUACUUGCCUCACGGAGAGCGUAACAGAGUUCAGAAACAUAGAGACUACAGGCAGAAGAUUAUAUCAAAUUAUCAGCCUUUACAUAGAGAGUUAUACAGUAUGCACCCAGCAACCACCUUUGUGGCUCCAUUUCUGAAAGCAGUUAGUGAUAAUACUGAGGAAAGCUUCAGAAGGAUAAUGUCUGAACCCUCGCCAGGGGUCUUUACAUUUGAGAUGUUUCAGCCGCAGUUCUGUGAAUUAUUGUUGUCUGAGGUGGAGAAUUUUGAAAAAUGGGUUAAUGAAGCCAAAUUUAGAAUCAUGCGGCCAAAUACAAUGAAUAAAUACGGUGCUGUUCUUGAUGAUUUCGGCCUUGAAACCAUGCUUGACAAGCUUAUGGAGAAUUUUAUUCGUCCUAUAUCUAAAGUGUUCUUUGCUGAAGUUGGUGGAUCAACUUUGGAUUCUCACCAUGGUUUUGUUGUUGAAUAUGGUGAAGAUAGGGAUGCUGACUUGGGUUUUCAUGUGGACGACUCUGAAGUAACUUUGAAUGUGUGCUUGGGUAAGCAAUUUUCUGGAGGAGAAUUGUUUUUUCGAGGCACGCGGUGUGAUAAACAUGUAAAUAGUGGAAGCCAUUCAGAGGAGAUCUUUGAUUAUUCACAUGUUCCAGGAUGUGCUGUGCUUCAUCGUGGCCGUCACCGGCAUGGUGCUAGAGCAACGACAUCAGGUCAUCGCAUCAAUUUACUUCUAUGGUGCAGAAGUUCUGUAUUUAGAGAGAUGAAGAAGUAUCAGAAAGAUUUCUCCAGCUGGUGUGGGGAAUGCUUGCGUGAGAAGAAAGAGAGGCAACGCAUAUCAAUCAGAGCUACCAAAAGGGAGUUGCUCAGGAGGGAAGGUGAAUCCACGGCAUGAUCUUUCGUCAGUGCUUAUAUACGCCCUUGUGUUGUAAAAUUAUGUACUUUUAACCUUAGUCGUCCAAUGACCAGAAGACUGGUCUACUCUUGAUGAAACUGGAGGAAAGUUGUGCUUCUGUGAAUCAUUGUAAGUCAGGACGUGCCUGCAUUUGUACAUCGAUUGUGUCAAGAAAUGAUAACUUCUCAUCUUGAAGCAUGCUUCAUGCACGAAACUUAUGUAAAAAGAAUUAUCUGAGUCCAUUAUAAUUUACAUUUAUGGACAUCUGAAAGUUUGUAUCUAGUCUUAGGUAAAUUUGUAUUUUCAUGAUUGACAAUUUUUUUUUUUGGA